AUGCUACGCCGCGCGAUCUCGGCCUGCUGUUGCUAUGCAGUUCGAGCACAGGAUGCAGAAUGCCAAUCCAGUGGGACCAUCUGCUGCGCUCUGAAGUACGACGGCGCUCGGAAUUUCUUCAACCAGCAGGACUUACGGUGUGAAGCUCCUGCAGAUGACUGUGGUCCCAGCCAGGAAUAUGAUGCGCAGGUGAACAAGUGCAUCGAUGUGACCAAUGCCUUGUCAUCGGUGACGGAUGCGCCCAGCACUGCGCCGAGCAGCACAGGUUCUACAGCUGCAGCUUGCUCGACCUGCUGUGGAGAGCAUGGCACACCCGACUCAUCAGACCCAUCGGACAAAGAGCUAUGCGUUUGCGAUGUGGGUUGGACCAGCAGCGCUGUGCUGGGUCCAUGCAGUGUACAGGUCGCAGAGGCGACCACCAGCGUCUCGCCGGGCACCUCCACGGAGCGGCCCACGUCCAGCAGCUUCGGAUUGACCUUGACCUUCGCCAGUCUUUCAAAUCUGCUGUUGGGCAAUGGGCCGUUCGUGCUUCUACUGGCCAUUUUGGCUUGCUGUGUGUGUUGCUGCUUGUGUCGUUGUUGGAUUCGAAACUUCGGUUGCCGCAGUUGCUGCUGCUGUUACUUCUGCUGGGAGUCUCCAGGGCGCAAGUAUGCACGCCAGGUACCUCCACCGAUCCUUUGGGAGGAAGGCGCUGCCAGAGCAGUGAUGCCGCCGUUACCACCACCCAUUUCAUCACCGUUGGUGCUGGACAAAACGGGGCGCCGGUCAAGGGCUCAAGGGCUGACUGUGCAGCUGAAUCUGGAUAUCAUGGGAGGUGAGGAUCCCAUGUUUCAGGGUCCCAGGGUGAAUAUUUUUCCGGGCACGGAUUUCGAUGUGCGGGGCUUUCCUGGGGUUUCCUGGAUCACUGGGAACCCGAGUCGGGAAAGCAUCGAUUUCGAUGGUAGCGUUUUGUGUUUCCUGCAAGCGCACAGCCUGAGCCGUGCAGCGCCCGUCCACGUGCCGAAUUCAUUGCUCGACUGGAAAUCAGCAGGGGCAGCCAGCUAUUUUGAGACCGGAGAAAGCGUGGAAUGUCGACAGUUGGAGGAGCCCACCAAAAUGGAGCUUUGCACCGAGCAGGGCUACUUGCGCGGGGAGCAUAUGGCUGCGGAGUUUGGGCCUGAAGGUCAAUACCCCAUGCCCAACAGGCUCUACGCGCGCAGAUUGAAGCGAGGCGUCUACACCAGCCGAGACUUGUUUUUGCUGUGGCCUUUGGCUCAGCGUCUACGGUUGUUGGUCAACACCACCUUCGAUGAGGGCGGAGCGUUGGGAUUGGUGCAAUCGCUGGAAAGCGAGCGCGAGGCACAGUGCCUUUCUGGAAGAAGCGAAGAAACGGUUUUGGUUGCUUGGGAUCAUUGUAGUCUGCCUGCGCUGGCACAAGCACUGGGAUGUGAUGAGGAGACGUGCCUCGAUUGCUGGGACGAUGGAAACUUUGAGAAGCUGCUAUGGCUCAGGUCGUGGAAUCUCACGACCCGAGCCGUGUCGGAGCACUUCGCCCCUCCGCAAGGUUUCAUGGGAUACAGAGAGUGCUUGGGGAACCCGGCAGAGAGCAGCAACUAUGGCUUCGCCUGCAAACCACUGCAAGCAUGGAAGUCGUUGCCCAACGACCUCACAGGUCUACAUUGA